GCGGGGGGCGGGGGGGAGACAGACUCGAACAGAGAACGGUCGCCCGUGCUGCUGGAGCUUCUCAGGGACUAAUACAGUGAGUGCAGCCGACGACUGAGCUAAGAGCUGGGGGUAUGAGAGCCACCAGAAUCCGCUCCCAUCCUCUUCUGCCCGGGCACUUGUCCGACUGACAACCAUCGGAUCAGAACCUCCACCAACCCAGCUCUCGGACGAACCUAAUAUCGGUGACAACUGCAGCCAUGGAGCUGAGAGUGGGGAACAAGUACCGGCUUGGGCGAAAGAUAGGGAGUGGCUCCUUUGGAGAUAUUUACCUUGGUGCCAACAUUGCCACUGGUGAGGAGGUAGCCAUCAAGCUGGAAUGUGUGAAGACCAAGCACCCACAGUUACACAUCGAAAGCAAGUUCUACAAGAUGAUGCAAGGAGGAGUGGGUAUUCCAUCGAUAAAGUGGUGUGGUGCAGAGGGAGACUACAACGUGAUGGUCAUGGAACUGCUUGGCCCAAGCCUGGAGGACCUUUUCAACUUCUGCUCCCGGAAGUUCAGCCUAAAGACCGUGCUGCUUUUGGCGGACCAGAUGAUAAGUCGCAUUGAGUACAUCCACUCCAAGAAUUUCAUCCAUCGAGAUGUAAAGCCGGACAACUUCCUAAUGGGCCUCGGCAAGAAGGGCAACCUGGUGUACAUUAUUGACUUUGGUUUGGCCAAAAAGUACCGCGAUGCCCGCACACACCAGCACAUCCCCUACAGGGAGAACAAGAACCUGACUGGCACAGCGCGCUACGCCUCUAUCAACACACAUCUUGGAAUUGAGCAGUCCAGACGUGACGACCUGGAGUCUCUCGGCUACGUCCUCAUGUACUUCAACUUGGGCUCCCUCCCCUGGCAGGGCCUCAAGGCUGCAACCAAGAGACAGAAGUAUGAACGAAUCAGCGAGAAGAAAAUGUCCACACCCAUCGAAGUCCUUUGCAAAGGUUACCCUUCGGAGUUCUCCACGUACUUGAAUUUCUGCCGUUCACUCCGUUUUGAUGACAAACCAGACUACUCCUACCUACGACAGCUCUUCAGAAAUCUGUUCCACCGACAGGGUUUCUCUUAUGAUUACGUCUUUGACUGGAACAUGCUCAAAUUCGGUGCCAGUCGAACAGCUGAGGAUGGGGAUCGGGAGAGGAGGACUGGUGAUGAGAGGGAAGAGCGGAUCGGAGCAGCACCCAGGGGUUCUGCACGAGGCCUCCCUCCAGGUCCCAACCCUGGAGCUCCCAACAGAGUGAGGAAUGGGCCAGAGCAAGCCAUGUCCAACCCGGCCUCACGGGUCCAGCAGUCUGGUAACACAUCGCCACGUGCAAUUUCUCGUGCAGAGCGGGAGAGGAAGGUGAGCAUGCGACUCCACCGUGGGGCUCCCGCCAACGUAUCGUCCUCAGACCUCACAGCCCGUCACGACCAAUCCAGAAUUUCUACAUCACAGGUCAGCGUGCCAUUUGAGCACCUUGGGAAGUAGGAUUUGUUGGCUCUGCAUGCACGUGAAACUGACAGGGCUGCAAGGUAUAUUUGUCGCUGCGGUUUAUUUUCCUUUAUUCUUACCUUGUUUUAUGAAAAUAUUGCUAAUGGACACUUGGGUCUUUGGAGAAGGACAGUGCAUUUUUUUUUUUUCAAGGAUCCAGGAAAAUGAAGGUUUCCAACAUGCUUUCUUUCAUGAACCACUUUCGCGGAAGCUCGGAUCACCACCACGACAAUAACGGAAAGCAAAUGACAAUGCUGCACUUUGACAGUUGCUCAUACCUGCCCUCCUCUUCCUCAAAACAUUCCCUCUGUACUCUUAAAAUGUGAAGAACAGUUGGUGUCAAAGAAGCAAAAAGGUAUCAGGGACACGCAUGUUUCUCAUCAAAGGUUGAUAUAGGCUUAGUAACAAUUUCUCUGUUUUUAAUUUUAACAGCAAAACAGCUUUUUUUAGUGAAUGUUGCUCAUCUUUCAUGGAGCUAUCUUAAAUAGGAGUUUCCUUAUUUUUGCAUUUCUUCUUGAAAGAAAUAACAGCUGAGAGAUAAAUAGGGACACGUACGUGAGAGGACAGUUGGAUGGAAAGAAAGGCGACUCUAAAACGGAUACGUAAGUGGUGUUAGCUGUUGUAACGUCUCGAUUGCUUGCCCUUUAUGCAUUUCUGUGAUGAUUUACUGUCCCCGGAAACGUCAAGUCUUCAUCGCCUCUUUUCUUUGCCUGUUUUAAAUCGAGUGUUUUCUUUGGUUUUAAUGUCAGUGGGUGAGGUAAAGUGUGACCGUAGAUUUUGCAAAGACACACUCCUACGUCUUGAGGGAAACGCCUCAGGAAAUUUUCAGCGUACCUAUAUUUGACCAGAGACCAUAGCUGCCCGUUUUGGCUAACAAACAGCGGCGGCAGUUUUUAUGAUAGUUCUUAAUGUUACCUUUUUUUAUUCUUUUGUUAUUGGAGGUAAUAAGGGAGCGGGCCGACUCUGUGAGGGAUGACAUUUUGGAGGGGAGGGGGCAUCCAACUUUUUCUUUUGUUUUUUUUUAAUGUUUACUCUAAUGUAAAUAUGUUUUUUUAAUUUCAUUGUAAAGCCAAAAUGUGGUUGUUUGUUUUAAGGUGUAAAGUAGAAAAAUGCGUACUAAUGACAAAAAAAACAGGGGCUGGGUUCAGAAACUAUUUAAAGUACUAAAUUGUGGGGUGUACUACUGUUCCUGUGCCAGCUGGGUCAUCUAACGUGUGUGUGUGUCUGUGUGUGAGUGAGAGAGUGAUACAGUGAAUCCCUGCUAAGAGUACUAAAUUCAUUUUGUCUUUGUUUGUAUGCGAAUUGUUUUUAUCUCUGUUCUCUAUUUAUGUUAUACAAUUGUUUACUUGUCUGAAAUGACUUUCUGCCCUUUAUUCUCUUUCUUUCUUUCAUUCCAUCAUCUUGUAAGUUAUUAGAAUAACAUUUUCUUAUUUUGUUUUUCCUCCCUGUCCACCUCAUGCAAUACUUUUAGGGCUUUCGAUAUUUCUUCUGCAGAAACGAUAUGCUUAUAGUUUGAUGUCACCUUUUUCGGAUUUUUAACCUCCAGCAAUUUUCGAUGAUGUCACUCAGAAGAAAGCAUAACUGAUGCAAUUGCAGGGAUGUGUAAAUAGCAGCGUACUCGGUGUAAUUACCUUUGUACAGGCCACCAUGACCCAGUGGCAUCGUAACCGUUGAGUUGGGGGACAGCGGGGGAAGAGGACAAGGCAAUGGGGUUUUCACUUUAUGUAUUGUGUACUGAUAUCAUGUACAGUUCUUUAACACACUUUAUUUACAGUAUUUGUGUAUAUUUUAUGAAGUAAUAAAAAUUAAUAACGUUGCUCACAA